AAACUUGAACGCCUAAGCAGCAAAGACAUCAUAGCUCUUUGCGCUCUGCUUUACCCAUCAUGAUAUGGAGUAUACUUUUGUUGUUCAAUGGACUUUUGGCAGUGGUUCUGCUCUACAAGAGGCGUUCAAGGCAGAAGAACGAACCACCUUUGGAUAAAGGUUUCAUACCUUGGCUUGGGCAUGCUCUGGAAUUUGGGAGAGAUGCAGCAAAGUUCCUCGGUCGGAUGAAAAAGAAGCAUGGCGAUAUUUUCACGGUGCGUGUUGCUGGGCGAUAUGUGACUGUGCUGUUGGACCCCAAUGCGUACGAUGCCGUACUCUCCGACAAAGAGGCCCUGGACUUCAAGUGUGUCGUCAAGGUGCUUAUGCAGAGAAUGUUCAGCCUGACAUUGCCCAAUCACGACCCAGUGUCCGAGAGGGCCUGGAUGAAACAGCACUUUCAGGGCCCAAGUCUGGUGCAGCUGUGCCAGUCUAUGCAGAGUAACCUUCAGUUGGUGUUCAACCGCACAGAUGUGGCCCAGAACCCACAGCAGUGGAGGAGAGACGGGCUGUUCAGCUUCUGCUAUAGCCUGCUCUUCAGGGCUGGCUACCUCACCUUAUUUGGAGUUAGUGGCAAUGACAUCACACAGCUCACCACCGUGUAUGAAGAGUUCCGGAAGUUUGAUGGCAUCCUUGCCAAACUGGCACGUCAGACAGAGAAGAAAGAGGAGCGUCGCAUGGCCAGCUGUGCUCAGGAGCGUCUGUGGCAGCUGCUGGGGGCCUGUGUUGUUGGCCGCGGGGAGGAGGGGGCUAGGAGGACCCUGGGGGGGCGCCCCCGCGGUGCCGGGGACAGCAGCUGGCAGCAGAGUUACCUGGAGUACCUGCAGAGAGAGGAGGUGGCGGAGGAGAGCCAACGCCGGGCCAUGCUGUUCCAGCUCUGGGUCACACAGGGCAACGCGGGUCCGGCUGCCUUCUGGCUGCUCGGCUUCCUCCUGACGCACCCCGAGGCCAUGUGUGCCGUCAGGGCCGAGAUCAAACGCCUCCAGCUGCAGCGCCACCCCCUGGAGAGUCUGCAGAACAACACGCCUGUGCUGGACAGCGUCCUGAGUGAGACAUUGCGUCUGAGAGCUGCGGCCCUGAUCACGCGUGAGGUGGUGCAGGACAAGGUGCUCCAGACCAGUGGAGGAGAAUACCUGCUGCGGCGCGGGGACCGCCUCUGCCUCUUCCCCUUCCUCAGCCCUCAGAUGGACCCGCAGAUACACAGCCAACCAGAGAAAUUCAAGUAUGACCGCUUCCUGAAUGCGGACGGGACAGAGAAGAAGGUCUUCUUCAAGGGGGGAGAGAGGAUGAAGUACUACAGCAUGCCCUGGGGGGCCGGCAGCAACAUGUGUGUGGGCAGACACUUUGCCGUCAGUGGCAUAAAACAGUUUGUGUACAUGGUGCUCACCAACCUAGACUUGGCGUUGUGUGACGAGCAGUCGUCCAUGCCCCCCGUGAACCCCAGCCGCUAUGGCUUUGGCAUGCUGCAGCCAAUCGGAGACCUGGAGAUCAGAUAUCGACUGAAGCCGGCAACAGCCAGCGCCUCCUCCCCUGAGGACUGUCGCCAGCGAUGACAAGACUAUUACUGUGUUAUUUAUUUAUUUUUGUAUGUAUUUUAUAAUAAUGCUUAUUUAUAUGUGUAUUUUAUAUUCUGUGUACAAAAAUGUAAAAUGAAUGUAAAAUGUUCCUCUCUGCUGAAAAAUGAUUUCAUAAAACA